AUUAACUUCAACCUAUUGAAAUCCUUUUUCUCUUUUGAGGUUAGUGAGUUUUGAUGCCAAGAAUCUUAGCUUAGAGACUGGCAGUUUCCAGUAUCAAGGCGACAGAGUAAACAAGAUAGGGUGAGCAUCCAGAUAUCCACUUCCCUGCAAAUGUGGCGAAAUCUUGAGGGUGAGCUUGGGGUGAGUAAUUCUCAUGCUCGUUAUGGAGAAAGGAAAAUACAACAGAGGACUGAAAUUGAGAACUUAAACAGCACAGGCCCAUUUUUAUUGUAUGAUCAGGGAAUUGUCAGGGGCAAUGCUACCUUUGAAGGUGCCAAUGAGGCUUGUAAUGGACGUGCAACGUCUCAAAGCCAGAACGUGUUGGAAAAUGAAUCCGAGGAUAACCGCAGUAUUCUCUCAGAUCAAUCUAGUGAUCUUGGGGAAAUUGAACGCGAGAGAGUGAGGCUGGUUUUUCAGGAGUGGGUAGGCACUGAUGUAAAAGACCACUCACAAUCAUUGAGUGUCUCACAUAAGAACAACUGCUCGGGGGCACCGUGGUUAGGGGAAAAUGAACGAGAAAGGGUGAGAAUCAUAAGAGAGUGGGUGAAAAUCAAUAUCCAGCAAAGCGACGUGGGUUCUGCAAGAGAUGAAGGCACUACUGAUAUCGGUUCUCAAUUCGAACAAGUGCGUGAUGGAUUUUUGGUCAAUCACUCUGAAAAUGGAGAGAGAAAACCCGUGCGUAUAUUUUGCGGCAGAAAAGCUCUUCUUGAUUUGCUGAUGAAGUUUCGAAUGGAAAUGAAAAGAGAAAUUCAGUGUUUAUUGGAAUGUAAGCCUGUAUCAAACUUCACAUACCGCAACCGGAUUCAGUCAUUGCUCAGGAGUAGAUUUCUGCGGAAUGAAAGAUUGAUGACCAGUGAUAGAAGAACUACAUCAGAUGCCACAAAUGAACUGGGCUUACUGAGACAAAAUCAUACAGUAUCUGCUUUAAGGUAAAUUUCUUUGAAAAGCUUCGCUUUUGGUUGAUCUUUGAAUGGAUAAUACCUGCUUCAAAUGCAGCUUGAUUUCUCUCUUUUGCUUUGUUAUAAUAAUUUGAACCUUAGUCUACCGAUUCUCAGUAGAAACUGAUUGGUGUAGUGUUUUUCUUUGUUACUUUUAUUUUGGUAAAUUUACGUGGACAUUGGUAUCCCCUUGGAGGGUAAAAAGGGCAGCCUGGUGCACUAAACCUC